AUGGCUGGCGAGCUCGACUGCGAGGACCGCCUCGGCGGCCGGUCUCCUGGACGUCUCACUUCGUCAUCCUCGACCGCAGAGCAUCCGAGCUCUCACCCAAGUCGGAAACCUCUCGCCCGGAGACACGCAUCGUCGACCCGUUUAGCCGUCGCUGCCGACCUUUACCGUGGCGAUGCCUCGGCAUGCUCUGGUCCAGCUCCCAGUCGCACGAAUCGACCGGCCCCGAGCCAAUUGAUACGGCCGGCAUCUCGAUUUUCAACAAGUCUCAUCGCUCCGUACCGACUUCUCACCAUUCUCCUCUCCUUACUCCUCGCAUGCCCUCCUGCUUCGGCCGUCAAAGUCAAGUACACCAACUGUCUCCCCGACUCGGUACAAUCCCAGCAACCGCCGUUUUUGCAGUGGGUUCCCGUCGAAGCCCACGCCAAGUUUGACACCAAAAAUGACACCCACAACUUUCAAUUCAUUGUUUGGGGAAAUGUCACUGGCUCAGUGAACAAGCAGACGCUGCCGCCGCCAACUAGCCCUGACUGGGCCAACGACAACAGGACCGACGGCAAGAUUGUCAACUCGGAAAACGAUCAAAAUGGCACCACCGUCAAGAGCUCCAUCGGCAUGCUUACCUAUGUGCCAUGGAGCGACAGAAAAUUCUUUUGUGAUGACGCCCUCGUUGGCGGUCACUGUCCAUUGGCUCCGGUAUUCAAUACCACGGGCGAGGCGACCCUGGCUGAUCUGCCGUCGAUGAACAUCACAAACGACAUGCGCUCGUCGUAUCAGUUUGCCUCCCUUGCGCCCACCAUGCUCAUCAUAUUUGGCAACCAGAGGGGUGACAACAUUGGUUGCGUUUCCGCCACAAUCACCCCGGAUCUUGGGAAUCUCGCAUGGGUACUCAGGAUUGUGCCUCUGAUGGUGCUCAUUUUUUGCGGCUCUGCCGUCGUGUUUGCUGCCAUUUUCAGCCCAUGGGGAAGCUCCAACAUCUUCCACUGGACGUCAAACUAUGGCCAGGACGCCGACCUGCUCCGGCUCGUCACUCCGGGUUUCGGAGACUGUUUGCAAUACAUCCAGUUCAUCGCCCUGUCCGGCGCCCUGUCUCUUAGCUAUCCCGGUUUCUUUCAGCCCGUCGUGAGCCAGGUUGCUUGGUCUGCACUCAUGUUCAACGAAAGCGUCGUUACGCACACUCCUGGCUGGCAGAGCAUCCGCGACGGCAUUUACAUCACAGACCCCCACGAUGGCUACGGCCUGCAUGCUCUUGGCCAGUUGGUUGGCAUGUCUGAGAGUGCCGAUAUCUGGGCCGGAAUGAUGGUCUGGCUUUGCGUCAUUAUUGCUGCCGUCUUUGUCCUUGCUCAAGCUGGGUUCCUCGUCCAGUGGCUGUAUCGAAAGAUCCAAAACAUUCCGGAAGAGGAUCUCCGUGCCAAAAACAUCCCCUUCAGCAUAGGGAAUGUCGUUCGAAUCGUCUUCAACUUUUUGCUCAUGCCGAUUGUUGCCCUGUCGUGCUUUCAACUGGUUCUCGCAAGCGAAUCACCCGCAUUUGCCGUUGCCUUGGCCGCCAUCACCAUAGCAGUGCUUUUGGCCUUUGCCUGCUAUAUUCUUCUGCUCAUUGUUCGAACCAGGCCAAAAUCCGUCUUGUUUGAUGACUUGCCCACCGUCUUGCGAUACGGACCGUUGUAUAAUACGUACUCUGACGAAGCUGCCGCUUUUGCCCUCAUCCCGCUUUUGCUCAACUUUGUUCGGGGCGUGGCCAUUGGAGCCGUGCAACCUAGUGGCAUUUCUCAAGUCGUCUUGCUGGCCAUAUGCGAAGUCAUUCAGAUUUUCACCAUUCACGCGUUCCGGCCGUUCCAUUCGUCCACGUCAAUGAACGCCUAUCAUACGUUGUUUUCCCUCCUCCGACUCGCGUGCGUGCUUUUGAUGGUCGCUUUUGCCCCCAGCCUCGGCGCCACGGAGGGUCCCAAAGGCUGGAUUGGAUAUGCCAUCUUGCUCAUACACGGCAGUGUUCUGGUGCUUGGGUUCUUCUUGAGUGCGCUGCAAACAAUAGUCGAAGUUGUAGCACGCUUGUUGGGCGCUGGAGGAGACGAUGUCACUGGUCUCACUAGGGGGGGCCUGUCCAAGAUUUUCGGCAUGCGUCAACUGUCCAGGCGUGAAACGCACCGGACCUCGGCGCCUUCGAGAGCCAGCCAACUGUCGUCCAUGGCAAUGCUGCAUGCUGAGGAAGGCACCAGCAAGACUGGCUACUCCGGACCGGGCAGCCGUCUUCGAAGUGUGUCGGGGGCUAGCUACGGCGGUAUCGUCGCACAAAAGCAGCGGAGUAGCUCGGCCCUUGAUAGCACUGACAGGUGGUCGGCCGGUCACCGCCAUGUCGAUACGAACAGCUCAUACAUUCCCGGAACCCCAGGAGAGACGAGCACCUUUUCCUUUAUUGCAUCGCCCACAGUCGGUCGUCCGAUACUGGCCGGCGGUCACGUAGAGCCGUCCGAUCCCUACUAUCGGCCGCCACGCCGAACAGCAAACAACUCGAAUCUGCGCGACUCGACGCAUUCGGAUUUACCACUCUCCAAUGCGUUGGGGAUUGACCCCAAGCAAGCUGCUCUCGCUCCGGCCACAGCAGGGGAGGGUGCAGACGUCACCGGCGAAGAUACCACCCGGGCAGCAACACCUGCUCCUCCUGGUGCCGGGGGUGGCAUCAUGAACCUGCCUGCGAGCCGUCCCGACUACGCCACACGUGAAGUCGACUUUUACUACGGCGUGCGCGGCCCAGCAUUGAACUCGGACAAUCCCGGGCGACGACUGGGAACUGGACCAGCCGAUCCCACUGGGCCCGUCGCUACCGCAACUGGCUGGUUUAGAACACUGUUCGGAGCCAAGAACAAGGAGAAGGGGAAGGGAUUCGAAGUUGUCCGAAGCUCCAGAAUGCCCCCAGACAUGGUACGGAAUGGGGGUUUUGGUGACGAGACCCCGCCGGAGGGUAUUCCUGUUGCCAUGGGCGUAUUGAGAAAUGGACCAAUUGACUCGGACGACGAAGGUGAUCUUCCUGUAAAGCGUCCCCCCAGGUCUCCUCAGCGAAGACCGGAAGACCUACUCACGGACGAUGGUGAUCCGCGCGACUCCGACUCCGAUGACGACGAGGAAGAGGAAGAGAUUGAUCACUCCAAAUUGCCUAGGGGAUCCAAACAAGGUGAACUGCUAGGACUGAGCCUGCCGGAUAUCCCACGCAAGAGUUCAAAGAGAAACUCGCGCUUAAUGGAUGGCCGGCACCCACCGCCAUUGUCCGCAAUAAGUUCAGGAUCUCCGGCGCCAUCUGGCCGUCAGUCUCACGAUGGAAGAGCUUCUACCAGGGGCCAUACACAAACCUUGCCAGCGUCAUCGGCCUUGCCCUUCGAACGAACCUCUUCACAGCAGAAAAGCCUCUCUUCCAAAUCUUCCCUCGAUUUUCCUGGCGAGCUGACAGACAUCGACCUGCAAGGCCGCAGGCGGGACGAAAGACCUGUUUCUUACGGCAGGGUCCAGCAACAUGAGAUCAAUCGGGUCGACUUCCCUCAAAUACCGCCGCUGGACCUCCUGGGUAGUUCUGCCGAGCUGGUAGACGAGUUUGGCGGUCAAGACCGCCAAAAGUCACGUCACUCGUGA